UUAGUGUAUAAGUAGCGCACGAUGUUGGGAGUAGAUUUCAAUUUGUACGAGCAGGAAAAGACCGCAUCUUCUACCACCGAAAUGUAUCAGGCCAAGAGUACAUCUGAGGUUGUUACAACCAUAGAAGAUAUAGCAAAGAAGGAAUAUAGAAGUAUGAACGUGGAGAAUAUUCUGAGCCGGGAAGAGAUGGAAUCUUUUGAUGAUGCGGAAACUGAGUUGGAAAUUGAAAAGAUGCAAUCUGAGUUGGAAUUUUUUGAAGCAAAAACCGACGCUAAUAGCAACAUAGAUUUUGGAACUGCGGAUGUCGGGGAUGGAAGUAGCAAACUGGAUGAAGGUGUAUGGGAUAUCGGCGAUUUGCUGAAAAGAUGGAAUAACGCUGUCUUGGAAUAUUGGGGUUUGUGGUUGAUAAUGUUUGCUCUAUUGUGGUUGGUUUGGAGGCUUGUGACGUAUAUGGGUAAAAUGUGGAUGUUUAUAAAGGAAAGAAGGAAUCAAAGGAGGAGAGCUCGAAUUGAGAAUAUACCUUUGCCUAUAAUUAGAAAUCCUGUUGAGAUGAAUAAUGCAAUAAUUUCCCCCGGAAAUUUACCUACAGGAGAGGGGUUGCGUAGGUCUGAUGAUUACUACGAAGUUCCUAAUUGGAAUAUUCCUAUGGACGGAACACGUUUGUCCACUUUCACUGCGGAGACCGAAGCUUAAAAAAAUUUCGC